AUGGGCAACCGUGGAGAUUGUUCUCAUGAUAAGAGUGUUCCCGAAAAAGGUGAAGAUGCUGGCAAAAAUGAAUCACCAGGACCAAAAAGGAGGGAUAUUUCUCCAACGCCUCAAGUUCCUGGUGAAGCAGAAACUGCAAAGGAGGUUCUUGGUGGUGAAGGCCCUGCAGAGAAGAAAAGAGAGAGAAAGGAUGAUGCAGGUGCUUCUAGUAGUGGUGUCGAGAAGAAGAGGAAGAAAGAAGAGUUGUUUGAAAUUCUAAGCAAAUCUCCUUCUUGUUAUCUCUGUGGGAAGAAAUUUCAGUCGUGGAAGGGUGUGUUUGGACAUUUGCGUAUGCAUAAAAUUGGAGAGGAACGUGUAAGAGGUGCAUUUCCGCCGCCGGUGUUUACUCCUCCAGGUUCUCCUCAAAGGGAGGGACAACGCUAUCUCCAGAAGCAACUAGCUCCUACUCUCCUAAGCAUCGCGCAAAACAUUUUACAAGGACCUCCUGGAGUGUCUUCCGGACGGCUAAACAUUGAUUUAAACCAGCAGCCGCUCCACCAUGAAAGGUCUUCCACUUCUUCACCAUCUUCUUUAAAGAAAGAUGGUUGCAGAAAACUGGACCUAAACAAGCCGCCCCCUCCAGAGGAUGGCGAUAGUGAUGGUGGUGCUGGUUCUGCAUAA